AUGGACUUGCGACGCGGUCAUGGCCAACAGCAACCUCCACCACCACCACCACCAGUUAUCGUUCAACAGCCGUAUCCCAGUCUAUACAGCCAGCCCGCGCCACCACACUCCCAGCAGCCCGGCCUUCCGCCAGUGCCAGUUGCCGCUCACCCUCACGCUCACCCUCAACCUUACCCCUAUGGCACCCCAGGUCAUGCCGCCUCAGCCUUGACGCCUAGCUCGGCUACCAGCCAGGGCUCCUUCCCGUCGCCACAGGACACACAGCCGAUGCACUUUGGGCAGGAGCAUGCGAGAAAGAAGCAGAAACGCAACAAGCCGACUCUGUCGUGUCAAGAAUGCGUCGACAGGAAAACCAAGUGUGAUCGCGGGCGUCCUCACUGCACAGCCUGUGUGCGAAGACAGACGCCCUGCGUCUAUGCGGAGAGGGCUAAUCUCAUCGAAAAGACGAAUGCGGCUGCGACAAAUGGCCGGCGCAUCACAAAACCCCCAAAGAACCAGCCUGGCACCUACGGCUCAGCCCCCGUUCCCAACCUAGCAGACCGAGGACCUGUCUCAGGGUCCACUGGUCUUCUCAGCCACGUCCCGUACUCGGUGCCCAAGGCGAGCAACGUCUUUGGUGUCGGCGCUGAGCAUCCCUUUGCCAAUUACUGGACCUGCGGUGGUGGCCUGGCCGAGGUUGUCGCUGUGCUACCUCACAAGUACCAGGCCGACGUCCUGCUGGAGCGGUAUUUCGAGUGCGUCGAUCCAGUGUACCCCAUGAUUCACCGCCAGACCUUUUACGCCGAGUACGAACACUUUUGGCAGCUGUCAGAUGAGGCAAAGGUCGUGGCGGAUGCAUCGUUCAUUGGGUUGAUGCUCGUCAUCUUUGCGCUUGGGACGCAGUUCCAGUUUGGCACUGGCACUACCAUCUCGGAGCGUAAGCACUCGGCCGAGUUCUACGCGUCGGCGAGCAACCAGGCCCUGCGCAUGUUCUCGUACCUCAGCACAGCGUCCAUCACGUCGAUCCAGACCAUGGUGCUGAUCACCUACUUCCUCAUCAACGACAACCAUGCCUCAGAUGGGUGGGCGUUUGCGGGAGUCCUGGUGCGACAGGCCUAUGCCAUGGGUCUCCAUCGCGACCCCAACAUUGUGACACCAGACGCGACGCCCUUCGAGAAGCAGCAGAGGCGCAAGCUGUGGCAGGCAGUCCUGCUGCAAGAUACAUUCCUCGUCGUCCUCUUGUCUCUGCCGCCGUCGGCCACACACACGGAUGUCAAGGUGGAGGAUUUGGAUGACAGCUCCUCCAUUGCGCUCAGUGAUCCCACCGAUAUUGCCUACAUUCGCGCGUCGUGGACCCUCGCCAACCUGGUGCAGGAGACAAUCUGCUCGCAGCGUUCACUCGACAUGCCCAUAUGCCCCACGGCACGGGCCAAAUCCAAGAUCAUUGGCGAAUUUCGCUCCGUCUACAGGUCCUUCCCCGACAGCUUCCGCUCUUGGGACGCGGACCAGCUGGCGAGGCUGGUCAACGAGAAGCCUCGCGUCGUGCGGCAGACCCUCUUCCUCUUCAGCAACUACCACCACAACCUGAUGCUCGUGCACGCGUCCGACUGCCCAGAGUCGAGUGUCAAUCUGAGGCUCGUGCUCGAGUCUGCGCAUGACGCCAUCACGGCGUUCUUCAUGCUCUGGGAGCUGCUCGAGCAGGAAGCACGGGUUUGGUGGGUGUUCAACCACCGGGCCUUUCUCGAGGCAAUGUGCAUCGGAAACGCGCUGCAAGAAGUCGAGAAGACGGACGGAGAUCGUCAGCUGGCGUAUAAGGAUCCGCUGUAUGCAAGGGGCCGGGACGACAUUGAGAAGAUGGUAGCCAUUAUGGAGAUUAUGGGCAAAGAGUCGGAUGUGGCCGAGUCCCGCGUAUCGGUUUUGAAAGACCUGCUCAAGUAG